AUGCCGACGUCGCAGUCGUCGAGUGUGGCAGCGCUCGGGGGCACGCAGGGAUUUGCCCGGAAAGAGCCUGCGACUGGCUCCCAAAGCGCAGUGCAGCGUGUUGUCGAGGCAGUUGCCGAGCGUGUGGAGGCUAUCCUGGACGGGGAGCUUCGGGAGCAGGAGCGCGGCGCCUCUUUCGGCGCUUCUGCGACGACGACCGAGACGGACCCCGAGCUCGAAGCGCUGCGCGAGCGUCGUCUGGAGGCGCUGAAGCGAGCAGCGGCUGCGCGCUCCCGAUGGUGCGCGCUCGGGCAUGGUAGGCUGCAUGAACUUGAUGACGAGGAGGCGCUCCUCGAGGCCUGCCGAUCCUCAGAGCGCGUUGUUGGCGUGUUUUGGCGUUUGCGAACAGCGCCCGAAACCCAGCCGCUGCAGGAUGCGCUCGCACACGCGUUGCGUUCCCUGGCACAGCAGCAUCUGGAGACGCGCUUUUGGGUCGCUGAGGCGGAACGGUUUCCGUCCAUGUGCGAGCGGCUCGGCGUCCAGGUCCUACCAUCGAUUCUGCUGAUCCGGAACCAACAGGUCGUGCGCACCUUUGCCGGUCUGGGCGAGUGGGUCAUUGCGGGCCGCGCUGGAGUGCGCUUUUCAUUGGAGCGCCUUGCGAAAACGCUUCGGCGGCACCGGAUCACCGGCGUGAGCCUGCACCCUGAUGCCGAGUCCCGCGACGCACCAUCGGAUUCGGAUUGA